CUCUCCCACCGCCGACUCUGCAACUCACAACCGAAACAGAGUGAAAGAGAGAGACUAUCAGAAUUUUUAAGAGAUAACAUUUUCCGAUGAGAAAUCACAAGUUCCGUUUCUCCGAUAUGAUUCCCAACGCCUGGUUUUACAAGCUCAAAGAAAUUGGCGCCUCCAGGUCAAGAUCUUUCGAUUCCAAGAAAAACCCCCGCCACCCACCGCCACCGCCCCCACCGCCGUCUAAACACAAACACCCGCCGCCUCCGCCGCCGCAGUCUCGUUCAAGGAAAUCUUACUAUUUCACUAGAGAACUCGAAUCCAACGAUGGGUACUCCAUUAAUUCCCCUCCGCCGUCGCCACCGCUUCUGCCGGUGCCAGUCCUGCCGAGAAAGUCGACAAAACAGCCAAAACCAGGUAAAAAACAAACGAGUUCCCGGUCGUCGACGAAACUCCUCAGCUCCUCCUCCGUCGGCUGCAGCUGCCGCACGACGGCGGAAUCCAUCUGGACGAAAUCCGAUUCUCCGCCAGAAUUCUCCACCUCACCCUCCGACACCUCCCCUGAUUUCCGAACCGACAAAAUCCUCGCCGCCGAAUCCGAAUCCUUCGACCACGACAUCGUAAUCGACGUAUCGUCAAAAUAUUCCAACAAUGCCGUCGUUGGCGCCUUCGACUCCUUGUCGGAACUGGAACUCCCGCCGAUCAUCACAAAACAGAGGAAGAAAACAGAGACAAAACAGAGGACGACAACGACAACAACAAAGAAAGUUCCGGGGAAUUCCCCCGGCGUACGGCUGCGCAUUCACUCCCCAAGAAUUGGGUACCGGAAAAUGAGUGGGCGGAAAAGCGUAUCGUCACGGCGGAGCCUCUCCGACAGCCUAGCGAUCAUGAAAUCAUCGUACGAUCCACAAAAGGAUUUCAGAGAAUCAAUGGUGGAGAUGAUCGUUGAGAAUAAUAUUAGAGGUUCGAAGGAAUUGGAAGAUCUUCUUGCAUGUUAUCUGUGUUUGAACGCCGAUGAAUAUCACGAUCUUAUAAUCAAUGUUUUCAAGCAGAUCUGGUUUGAUCUUACACAACCUCCACUUUGAAUUUUUCCAUUUUUCAAUUCUCCCUUGUACAGUUCUUCUCUAAUUCUAAACAUAAUCUCAAUAAUAUUUUUACUUUAAUUCA